UAGAGUAGUCUGGUACCAGCCACCUGGGAAUUAUAAAUUGUACAUCACUGUGUAUCUGAACGCAUUCGUAAGAAUCGAGCCUUAGGAACCAGACAACUGUCGAGCAACGAAAAUCUGCAUUUUCCACAGAAUCUACGAUGGCUCGUGUAUCAGCGUGUUUAUUACUAUGCAUGGCCACGGUCUGUCUCAGGCUCAGCCAUGCGUUCUAUGUACCCGGCGUUGCCCCUGUGGAGUUCGCGGACGGACAGGAAGUCGAAAUCAAGGGAGUGAAAUUAACAUCCACGAAGACACAACUUCCGUACGAGUACUACUCGAUAGGGAUCUGUCCUCCGCCAUUGGACAAGAUACUGUUCAAAUCGGAAAAUCUCGGCGAGGUUUUGCGUGGCGACCGUAUUGUCAACACAUUGUAUAAGGUACCGAUGAAGCAAAGCAAACCAUGCCAUGUAAUGUGCAACGUCAAGUAUACAAAAGACCAAGCUAAGAUUGUAUCCGAUCGCAUCAGAGAAGACUACAGCGUUCACUUACUUGCAGACAAUUUGCCCGCUGCGACCGAAGUCAGGCCCAAGACUGAAGAAGAGCCCGCUCAGUAUGCCCACGGCUACAAACUGGGCUAUGUGGUGGACAAAACGCCGUAUAUCAACAAUCAUCUGAUCAUGAACAUGAAAUACCACACCGUGGCCGGCGAAAACGGACAAGGCGAGGCUUACAGGGUCAUCAGCUUCGACGUCGCGGUCCGGAGCGUCGAGUAUGGUCAGAUAACGGAAGGCAAGGACAGCAGCAUUUGCGUGUUUAAGGAGAAGAAAGAAGGCGAGUCGAUCCCUGUGCAGCCCUUCCCUGGAGACAAGGAGACCGAGAUCACGUUCUCCUACGAGGUGCGAUGGGACGAGAGCAACAUCAAGUGGGCCUCUCGUUGGGAUACUUACCUCAACAUGACCGAUGUACAGAUCCACUGGUUCUCCAUCAUCAACUCGCUGGUGGUAGUCUUCUUUCUUGCAGGUAUUUUGACAAUGAUCAUGAUCCGAACUCUCAGACGGGACAUUGCUCGCUACAACAAAGAUGAAGACGUGGAGGACACAAUGGAGGAGACAGGAUGGAAGUUGGUCCACGGUGACGUCUUCAGACCUCCCAAGGCUAAGCAGCUGCUGGCUGCUCUGGCUGGAACCGGGGUGCAGAUCUUCGUCAUGGCUGUUGUCACCAUCAGUUUUGCCAUGUUUGGAAUGUUGUCGCCUAGCAACCGUGGAGCCCUGCUCAGCGCUACUCUCUUCCUCUUCGUGUUUAUGGGUGUGUUUGCAGGGUUUUUCUCGGGUCGUCUGUACAAGACAAUGAAAGGAACCCAGUGGUUGCAAUCUGCCCUGAUGACCGGGCUGCUGUACCCGGGGAUCAUGUUUGGCGCCACCUUCCUGCUCAACUUCUUCAUCUGGGGCAAGCACUCCUCCGGCGCGGUGCCCUUCAGCACCAUGAUUGCUUUGGUGUGCAUGUGGAACGGGAUCUCAGUCCCGCUAGUCAUCCUGGGACACUACUUCGGCUACAGAAAACAGCCGUAUUCCCAUCCUGUGAGGACCAAUCAGAUCCCGCGUCAGGUACCAGAGCAGGUGUGGUACCUCAACCCACUUCUAAGCACUCUGAUGGCUGGUAUCCUCCCCUUUGGUGCUGUCUUCAUUGAACUCUUCUUCAUUCUCACGGCCAUAUGGGAGAACCAGUUCUACUACCUGUUUGGGUUCCUGUUCGUCGUGUUUAUCAUUCUCAUCGUGUCCUGUGCUCAGAUCUCCAUCGUAAUGGUCUACUUUCAGCUAUGCGGCGAGGAUUAUCACUGGUGGUGGCGGUCAUUCCUUGUGUCCGGAGGAUCAGCAUUCUAUGUCUUUAUGUACUCUGUUUUCUACUUUGUAACCAAGCUGGAGAUCACCCAGUUUGUCCCAGCCCUCCUGUAUUUCGGCUACACCUUUAUGAUGGUUCUAACGUUCUGGAUCGUCACAGGCACCAUGGGCUUCUACGCCGCCUACUGGUUCAUCACGAAAAUCUACGGCGCGGUCAAGAUCGAUUGACUAGUCGAGAACGAACAUAAUACCGGUCAAACCUAGUAAUAUUGUGGUCACUUAAAUUAAACGCCAUCUAUUAUUAGGUAUUGAAAAAGAAAAGAAUUGUAAGCUAUGUUCGCGUUGGAUACGUUCAAAGAUAUUUUUUUACCUUUUUUUUUUAGCAUUUAGGUUGGUUUAAUGAUUUUGAUUCCAAUGUUCAUUUAGAAAGGUCUAUUUAAAUUCUGAAACUAAAACCUGAUGUAACACGUAUUGAGUUCUAAACCCUUGCUGUUACACAACAGCCAACAAGGC